GGCUCGCUCGCUCUCCGCUUCACUCCUCCGUCUCUCUCUCCUUAGGGGCUGGUUUCACCAGACCGCGACCAGCUCAUCCGCAUCAGCCCUAGAGAACCCGCAGGAGCCGGAGCAGGAGGCGAGAGCGGCGCGGUGCGGGGCGCACAGCCCGGCCCGCCGCGCCCCGGGGCAGCCCAUGUCCAGCCCGGGCCGCCCGGGGCCCGCUCAUGAGGCCUCCGCCGAGCCGGAGCAGGAGGACCCGCGGCGUGUCCCUGGGGCUGCUCGCCCUCUGCGUGGCCGCAGCCCGCUGUCUGCAGAGUCAGGGAGUGUCCCUGUACAUUCCCCAGUCCACCAUCAACGCCACUGUGGAACAAGACAUCUUGCUUUCGGUUGAAUAUUCCUGUCAUGGAGUGCCCACCAUUGAAUGGACUUAUACGUCCAACUGGGAUGCACAGAAGAUCGUGGUGUGGCAGCCAGGGACUCAGGCCAACAUCUCUCAAAGCCACAAGGGCAGAGUCUGCACCUUCGACAAUGGCUCCCUCCAGCUCUUCAGCGUGGGCGUGAGGGAUUCUGGGUACUACAUCGUCACUGUGACUGAGCGCCUGGGGGGCAGCCAGUUUGGCACCAUUGUGCUGCACGUCUCUGAGAUCCUCUAUGAAGACCUGCACUUCGUAGCUGUCUUCCUUGCUUUCCUCGCUGCUGUGGCCGCGGUAUUAAUCAGCCUCAUGUGGAUUUGUAAUAAGUGUGCGUAUAAAUUCCAGAGGAAGAGAAGACACAAACUCAAAGAAAGCACAACUGAGGAGAUUGAACUGCAAGAUGUUGAGUGUUAGCCAAGGCUGGGCCUAACUGCACCCUCACCUCCAGAGGAAACCAUUCUCCAGUGGUCUGGCCGGGAGAGCCAUGGCCUCCCAGGGUCUUGCCGCAGCUGCUGAUGGGACAGCCGACCGCAUGGAGUUGAAGACUGUGGAUGGGACAGUCAUUUCUAGAACACACACUAAGCGCAAGGAGAAGAGAGACUGAAGCUUUAAACAGGAGCUUUGCCCAGCUGCAGCUUCAGGGCUGUGCUGACCCAUAGGCAGUGCACAGUGUAGGUGCUGGCUGCCUGCUCGUGACACUUGCUCUGGCUGGGGGAUGGCCUGUGGGAGAAGUCCCCACAUCAGAGACCAGGGCAUCUCCAGCACUGGAACAUGGUCUCCCUGCCUCUGCCCAUCUGCUCUGCAAACUGCUGCGCCUGUCAACCCCUUCUCCUAGUCACCUACACUGCUGCAGAACCUAUUGCUGGGGAACCAGAGGCUUUUAGACAAUCUCCUGCCUUAGGAGAGGCAGAAGGAGACUCAGGGGUGGGGGGUGCCGCUCUGUGCUGUAGUGAGUUGCUCAGGCGUGAGGCCCCAUGGCUUGGAGCUUUAGGGAAAGGGGCUCAAUAUACUCCCAAGGGAACAGCUUUGGCUACAAGGAAUAUCCAAUAUCAGUUGGAAUUUCCUUCCCAUGGCCCAAACUGAGGCCAGUGUGAGGAAAACAGCAGCUCAUCUCUGCAGUCCCUAGCCUGACAAGCUGGAAAAUCAGUGAUCUUGAGCCUCAGAUGUGCCCCUCUCAGUCAGCAAUGCUUCAUGUCCCAAGUCGGGUCUUUGCUGCCUCCCGCCUGGGCUGAGGACACUUGCA